ACACCGCGGUGACGCUCACCACCCCGUCCUCCCCACUACUGAUUACCCACAACACACCGCGGCCGUCCACACUAGCUUGUUGUCUCUCAAGUGUCACAUCCAAGAUGGCGGUCAACCUCUUCCAGCAGUUGUCCUUUAGGCUGCGUUCAGCCUUCAACCUGACCCUGCGCAGGAAUAUUGGCAUGUCUGCGGUCUUGUUCAACAAGGCCAAGGAGCUGGACCCUGUGCAGAAACUGUUCCUGGACAAGAUUCGUGACUACAACACCAAGAGCAAGGCUUCUGGCGGCAUUGUGGAUGCAGGUCCUUCUUAUCAGAAGAACAUGGUCGAGGAAGUAUCCAAACUAGAGAGGCUAUACGGUGGAGGAGACCUCACAAAAUUUCCUGAAUUUAAAUUCCAAGACCCCAAGUUUGCUGAAGUGACCAAGUGAAUGCUGUUAACCUGGUUCUACAUGUACCCGGCGUGUUAUAUUUAAUAAAAAAAAUAGAUUUAAA